GCGCGCGCGUCGGUCGAAGUCUUUGCGGCUUUGCGUUCGGUACGUUGCGCACGUUUUUCUGCUUGUGGCCUUGAAAUGUCACGUGUGUUUCGCGUAGCACCAACGAAGACGUCUUAUAUCUCUUCGAAAGCACCAUGUGAAGUACGCAAUGGCAAAGAGAAAGACGGACUCUCACUGUUUUGCUCCGGGAUGCCGAAGCGGCUAUCCGGGUGCUCCCAAAGCAUCUUUGUUUGCUGCUCCGAGGGACGAGGAGCAUCGAAAAAAGUGGGAGCGUAGUUUGCGAAGACAGGACAAGCCUCUCACAGAAACCGCUGCGGUAUGUGAGCACCACUUUGAGCCGCAUUUCAUUUUGCGCGACUACGUUCAUGUGAUCAACGGCAGCCAAGUGCGGAUUCCACGCGGUAAGCCAUCGCUGGCACCUGACGCGGUGCCUACGCUCUUGCCUGGUUGCCCGGCCUAUCUUUCCGUGAAGCCCGUGAGAGCAAGGACUCAGCGGAAAAGACCAGCUCCAGCAAGCGUGUCAACAAAUAAGAAGAAGCGCCAGGAUUCUGUCAGUAGCGCAGCGAACGACGACAAUGAAAUUGUGGACUCAUCGGGAACUGAAGCGUUCACGACUGGUGCACUUCGUAGUUUAGAAGUUUCCCCUGAGUACUGGUGCCGAUUUAUGUACGAUGGUGCCUCAAGUCUUGGCUUUGCGACAACAAGCAUAGAAACAAGCCCUAGGCUUGAGGUUGUUCAUGACAAGGUUGUUUUGUUUGCUGCCACCGGAGAUGAAGUGCGCGCACAAGUAUUCGUUAGAGGUGCGUUAUGUAGUGACACUGUCGUGUGUUCGCUGGCAGAAGCGGACAAUGUGCUGCGAGAGACAGAGGGAAUUUGUGUCUGCAAGGGAGCCAUGCUGGACACAGACUUCAGUCAAAUAACGGAGCGUUUGACAGAAAAACUACGGGCGGCAAGCAUUGUGAGUGGGCGUGGCAUUUUCAGCACAAAAUGUCAAGGAAAAGUGAAUCAAGAAGGAACUCCUUGCGCUGAAUGCAAGGGCUUUCGAAAGUUGCUCCUUACAAGAAAGUCGCAGACGGCACGCACCAGAGCCAAUCUGUCAGUGAAGAGAGCGUGUGCAUUGCGGCUCAAGCUGGAAAAGGAAAGAACAGCUCGUCUGAGAAAACGCACCAUCUCCAUGGAAGAGCAGCUUGUCGCGAUGGCGGCAAAAAACAAAAAGAUUGCCAAGGAAGAUUUUGAUGCCAGAGUCGCUAAGCUUCCUCCGAAACAGCGCGAAGCGGUACACCACGUAUUUGAAGCGUCAUCACGCAAGAGUCCGAAAGGCAUGAAGUACUCGCCACAGUGGGUUUUGGAGUGCAUAGUGAUGAAAAUGAGGAGUGCGAAGCUCUAUGAGCACAUGCGAAAAGAGAACAUACUUGCAUUACCCUCUAAAACAACUCUUCGCAAGUAUCUCAGUUGCUACAAGGCAGGCUUUGGAUUCAAUACAAAAGUUUUUGAUGUGCUGAAACAAGCUACUAGCACCAUGGAUGAAUUCCAUCUACAUGGAGGUCUCAUUGUGGAUGAGAUGAAGCUAUCUGAACAUCUCUCCGUAAGCUCUGCUGGCCACAUAGAUGGCUUUGUGGACCUUGGUCCAUUUACUUCUGAUGAAGACAAGCACAAUGUAAGUGACCAUGGCAUGGUGAUAAUGUUUGUUCCAUUCGUGGGAAAAUGGACACAGGUCCUGGCGGCUUUCGCAACAAAAGGCAACAUCAAAGGGACCCUGCUCACAAAGAUUAUGGUUGAGGCUGUCAUACUGACAGAGAAAGCAGGCCUCAAGGUCGACUUCAUAACGUCGGACGGUGCGACAUGGAACCGGAAGAUGUGGGCCUUAAUGGGCAUCAGAGCAUCUCUGACCGGCACUAAGUGUAGUGCGCCCCAUCCCGUGGAUUUGAAGCGACGGCUCCAUUUCCUUUCCGACUUCCCUCAUUUAAUCAAGUGCUUGCGCAACGGCCUGCUUAGCCAUGAGUACUUGGUGCCAGAAGGGCGGGUCUCCUUGCAAGCUGUACGUAGAGCCGUGGCAAUGGAUGGGAACAACGUGACACUCCAGGCACUACAUGGCAUCACCACCAGCCACACUAACCCGAACAACUUCGAAAAGAUGCGGGUUUCUUUAGCUUUCCAGCUAUUCAGUGAUAAAGUUGUCAAGGGCCUGCAGCUCUACCGGGAAAAGAUUGAAGAACGGUGCGGUGAUAUUGCAGCAACACUACAUUUCUUUGAGAUCAUCCGUGACCUCAUCUUGAUAAUGACUUCCCGGUUUCCUGCCGAAGCAUUGAGACUUUCAUCACCAUCUGCGGACAAACUGAAGAACAUGCUGGUACUGCUGGACAACUGGGAACGUCACACAAAAGGACAGCGUGGCUUCCUGAGCCAGUCCACUGCAACAGGGCUCCGAGUUACUGUCUCAAGUGUAUUGUCAUUGCUGAAAUACCUUUGUGAAGUCGUAGGUUUUAAAUACCUGUUAACGAGCCGGACAAGCCAGGACCCCAUUGAGCACCUUUUUGGUAUAGUGCGGCAGUCAUGUGGAUGCAAUGCCCAUCCGACGCCACAGCAGUUUGUUGUUGCUAUACUUUAA